GACGCUCUUUGCCAGCGGCCGUGUCGCCUCCAUCAGCUCGCUGGUGGCCAUGGCGACGCUGCUGGUGACGCUGCUGGUGCUGGUGCUGGCGCUGGUGUGCACCGUGCGGAACAGACGGAGCCCCGGCAAUCGUCCCGCGAUGGAGCAGCCAGCGACCGCCCCGAGCCUGCUCCCUGACAGUCCCGGCAGCCACCACCACCACUGCGACCACCACCAUCACCGCCGCUGCGACCACGACCACCACCACCACCAUCACCACGGUGGCGGCGGUGGAGGAGCAGAGCUGGCAACUCUAGAAUCCCGCCCCCG